AUACAGGCGAUGCAGGUUCCAUCUCUGGGCCUGGAAGAGGCUCUGAAGGAGAGCAUGACAACCCACUCCAGUAUUCUUGCCUGGAAAAUUCCAUGGACAGAGGAGCCUGGUAGACUAGAGCUGAUAGGGGUCGCAAAGAGUCGGACACAACUGAGUCUCACACACACACACACACACACACACACACACACACGUUCGUAUCAGGAUAGAUGAGAAGUCAGGAUGGACUCUGGGCUGCUUGGCCCUGGGGGCAACUUGAGCUAGGGUGAGGGACCCUAGGGGGCUGCCUAGGACACUGCAUCUUUUGUGCCUUCUGCCUGCUGCCAGCACCCCCACACACACACUCACACACUGCUGCUGCGGCUCUAAGGCCCUUUGUCUCCCACUGCUUAGUCACCCCCUUUGUCCUCAUCUCAGACGGGGGUAGGAAGGGGUAGUAAGAGCCCUCUGGUGAUAGCUCCUCUUGCCCCUGCCCCUUCUGGUCUCCUAGCCUUUGUCUGACUCCGGCAACGCCAACCCUCUCCACUUAGGACCAGGGUCAGCGUGUGUGGUGGGGUCCACAGGUGGGUGUGGCAGUCAGAAGCUGGUGGGUGAUACAGGAAGUGAUGGGCACCAGGGCAGGUAUUAGCAACCUGAGCAGGAAGGCAAGGGGAGAGGAAGUAUUCUGGCGGAUGUGAUGUGGAGGACAGGAGGUGACAAGGCAAAGAGUGAAUAGGGGAUGUGGGUAGGGGCAGGUGGCCCACCUCUGGGAAAGGAAAGUGCUGACUGUACUCGCUUCCUGGGGAUAUCCUGGGGAAAGGAGUGGCUGUAGCACGGGGGAGCAGAGAUCGCCCCUACUUCGGAACCCUUUCCUUCCUCGCCUUGAGAGUCCACCCCCAAGACUCCUUUGCAGAGUUCUCUCCAGUCCCGAACCAAGGGAAUCAUUUCAUUUCCUUUCCCAAACAUCACCUCUUCCUCGCCAAGCACUCUCCCCAUCCCAGGCACUGGGUUUCUGUUUCUCUCAGUACCCGAAGUUCCCUAUGUACACAAUGCUGCAUCCACUCUCUCCUUCCCCAUGGGGAAUGAGAAAUAAAGAUUACUAGGUAUUCCAGGAAACAUUGGGUUCUUAGGAAAAGUGGGGCCAAAAAAAGGGAACCAAGUGGGGAUUCCCUCUGAUGGAUUGACACAGGGUGCAUCUUGAGCAAACAAGUCUUUCCUGUGCUGGGGGUUGACUGACUUGAAGCUGGGGGAGGGGUUAGGGCAGUUGAGAGUGGGUAGGAGCUAGGCCCAGAGCCUGGGGGAAGCUACUGGGAACCGGGCCAGAGAAAUGGGGAGUCAGGAAGUGGGGAGGGGGAGCCCUGGGGGGAAUGGAGGCGGAAUGGCUGUUUGGGCUUUGGAGGGGGCGGGGAAUGGUAAUUCAGGAAGGGGGAGCCUAAGGGAAAGAAGGGAAUCAGAGGUGCCACCCUAGGUCUUCCUUCUAUAAAAGUCCUUAAUCCUGUCUGCCGUGGCCUCUGCCUGCUUCAUGUGCCCAUUCUAAGCAGGCUCAUCCUGCGUUUGAGCAGUACCCUUCCUGAUCACUGUCUCCUUGCCUGUCCCUUCUUUGGCCUUCUGUACUCUCUCCAACUGCUUGGUUCCUGAGCUGUGUCAAGUCACCUCCUUUCUUUGUUCUGCCCUCUUGAUGCUUCCUUACCUGUUCCCCACCCUCUUCCCCUGGCAGCUAGUUCCCUUGGCCCUGAAAACCAGCCUAAGGGGCAGAGAGCAUCAUGAAGGAUCCCUGAGAAAAAGCUAGACAGUGGGAGCAAGAAUUCUCCUGGGACUCUGCUCCUUUCUUUGCGUGUUGGUCAGGCCCUUUCCCUGACUUCCUACUCCUCCUGGGGCUCUGUUGCACCAGAGUGAGACAGCUGAGAGCCGACUGUGGAGUUUGGGAAAAGGCUAUGUCAUCAGCUGGCCCAGUGCCUGCGAGAGUCCCCUCUAACAACUGGGUCUGGGCAAGUCCCAUUUUUUUUUUCUUUUAAAGGAAAACAAAUGGAUUUUUGGGAAGCAAUGAGACACCCAUCUGAGUUCUGCCACCAGAGCUCUGGGCUGAAUGGCUGAUUGCUCAGCCAAUCGUGUAACAGCUGGGGAUGCUUAAAAAGAGCUGGCGCGGAGAGAAGCUGGGAAGAACUCACAGAGAGACCCACAGACACAUAGACACGGGAGAGAAAGGAGGAGAAAGAGACAAAGGCACGGCGGAAGGAGGCAGAGAGAGGACAGGCAUUGAAGCGAAGCCAGAGAGAGUCUGAGAGAGCAGAGGGAGAAGCCAGAGACGCUACAGAAGACACAAGCGGGGAGACACAGGCCCGGGAGAAGGAGGGGUGGGAGGCAAGUGUGGAGGAACCAGACCACCAGGCACCUCUCCUAAGCCUAAGGGCCACAUUUCCUCCAUCUCCUCUGAAGGUCCCUGGGCCCUCUGAAAACUCUGCCUCUGACCCUGGCAUGAGGCCGAGCCCCCAGGCUGCAGAGAGGAGCUUCUCAAAGCCGGGGCAGGGAGGACUGGGUGCCCAGCCGGCCUCAGGCCUGCCCAGCUGCAGCACCAGUACCAUGUCCCAGGCGGACUCGCAUCCCGGGAGGGGCUUGGCCGACGGCUGGCUGUGGGGAAGCCAGCCCCGCCUGCUGCUCCCCACAGUGCCCGUCUCCGUCUCCAGGCUGGUGUGGCUGCUGCUGCUAGCCUCCCUCCUGCCCUCAGCCUGGCCGGCCAGCCCCCUCCCCCGGGAGGAGGAGAUCGUGUUUCCAGAGAAGCUCAACGGCAGCGUCCUGCCUGGUUUGGGUGCCCCUGCCAGGCUGUUGUACCGCUUGCCAGCCUUUGGGGAGACGCUGCUGCUAGAGCUGGAGAAGGACCCCGGCGUGCAGGUUGAGGGGCUGACGGUGCAAUACUUGGGCCGGGCGCCGGAGCUGCUCGGUGGGGCGGAGCCGGGCACCUACCUCACCGGCACCAUCAACGGAGAUCCGGAGUCGGUGGCAUCUCUGCACUGGGACGGGGGAGCACUUUUAGGGGUGCUGCAGUACCGAGGGACGGAACUCCACAUCCAGCCCCUGGAGGGAGGCACACCUAACUCCGCUGGGGGGCCUGGGGCUCACGUCCUACGCCGGAAGAGUCCUGUCAGUGGCCAGGGCCCCAUGUGCAGCGUCAAGGCUCCUGCAGGGAACCCCAGCCCCAGCCCCCGAAGGGCUAAGCGCUUUGCCUCGCUGAGCAGAUUUGUGGAGACUCUGGUGGUGGCAGACGACAAGAUGGCGGCGUUCCACGGCGCAGGGCUCAAGCGCUACCUGCUGACAGUGAUGGCGGCGGCGGCCAAGGCCUUCAAGCACCCGAGCAUCCGCAACCCUGUCAGCUUGGUGGUGACGCGGCUGGUGGUUCUGGGGCCAGGUGAGGAAGGGCCCCAGGUGGGCCCCAGCGCCGCCCAGACCCUGCGCAGCUUCUGUGCCUGGCAACGAGGACUCAACACCCCCGACGACGCGGACCCUGGCCACUUUGACACAGCCAUUCUGUUCACCCGGCAGGACCUGUGCGGAGUCUCUACUUGUGACACUCUCGGCAUGGCUGACGUGGGCACCGUGUGUGACCCCGCUCGGAGCUGUGCCAUCGUGGAGGAUGACGGGCUGCAGUCAGCCUUCACUGCUGCUCAUGAACUGGGCCAUGUCUUCAGCAUGCUCCAUGACAACUCAAAGCCGUGUGUUGGUCUGAAUGGGCCUGAGAGCACCUCCCGCCACGUCAUGGCGCCUGUGAUGGCUCACGUGGACCCCGAGGAGCCCUGGUCCCCCUGCAGCGCCCGCUUCAUCACUGACUUCCUGGACAACGGCUACGGGCACUGUCUCCUAGACAAGCCAGAGGCUCCCCUACAUCUGCCCGUGACCUUCCCCGGGAAGGACUAUGAUGCUGACCGCCAGUGCCAGCUGACCUUUGGGCCUGACUCGCGCCACUGUCCACAGCUGCCACCGCCCUGUGCCGCCCUCUGGUGCUCUGGCCAUCUGAAUGGCCAUGCCAUGUGCCAGACCAAGCACUCGCCCUGGGCUGAUGGUACCCCUUGCGGGCCUGCACAGGCUUGUAUGGGUGGCCGCUGCCUCCAUGUGGACCAGCUCCAGGCUUUCAACGUCCCACAGGCCGGUGGCUGGGGUCCCUGGGGACCGUGGGGUGACUGCUCUCGGAGCUGUGGGGGUGGUGUCCAGUUCUCUUCCCGGGACUGCACACGGCCCGUCCCCCGGAAUGGUGGCAAGUACUGUGAGGGCCGCCGUACCCGCUUCCGUUCCUGCAACACCCAGGACUGCCCAACUGGCUCAGCACUGACCUUCCGUGAAGAGCAGUGUGCUGCCUACAACCACCGCACUGACCUCUUCAAGAAUUUCCCUGGGCCCAUGGACUGGGUUCCUCGCUACACUGGUGUGGCCCCCCGGGACCAGUGCAAACUCACCUGCCAGACCCGGGCACUGGGCUACUAUUACGUGCUGGAGCCACGGGUGGCAGACGGGACCCCCUGUUCCCCGGACAGCUCCUCAGUCUGUGUCCAGGGCCGCUGCAUUCAUGCCGGCUGUGACCGUGUCAUUGGCUCCAAAAAGAAGUUUGACAAGUGCAUGGUGUGUGGUGGGGAUGGUUCCAGCUGCAUCAAGCAGUCUGGCUCCUUCAAAAAAUUCAGGUACGGAUACAACAACGUGGUCACCAUCCCCGCUGGGGCUACCCACAUCCUGGUGCGGCAGCAGGGGAGCCCUAGUGUCCGGAGCCUCUACCUGGCCCUGAAGCUCCGCGAUGGCUCCUAUGCCCUCAACGGUGAAUACACGCUGAUACCGUCCCCCACAGACGUGGUACUGCCCGGGGCAGUCAGCCUGCGCUACAGCGGGGCCACUGCGGCCUCGGAGACACUGUCAGGACACGGGCCCCUGGCUGAGCCCUUAACGCUGCAGGUCCUAGUGGCUGGCAACCCGCAGAACGCCCGCCUCCGAUACAGCUUCUUCGUGCCCCAACCGGCCCCCUCCACGCCACGCCCCACUCCCCAGGACUGGCUGCGCCGCAAGGCACAGAUUCUGGAGAUCCUCCGGCGGCGCUCCUGGGCCGGCAGGAAAUAACCUCACCAUCCCGGCUGCCCUUUCUGGGCACCGGGGCCUCGGACUUAGCUGGGUGAACGAGAGACCUUUGCAGCGGCCUCACCCCGAGAUGCCGUGGGGGAGGGGCUUAGUGAGCCCCGCCCCUCGUCUCCGCCCUACCGAGCAGGCUGGCCCUGCUGGGGUUUCCUGCCCUGGAUGGCUGGUGGAUGGAAGGGGCUGGGAGAUUGUCCCCUAUCUAAACUGCCCCCUCUGCCCUGCUGGUCACAGGAGGGAGGGGGAAGGCAGGGUGGGCCCCAGUUGUAUUUAUUUCGUAUUUAUUCACUUUUAUUUAGUACCAGGGAUGGGGAUGAGGGUCAGGGUACUGGGGAAACUGAUCCCCUGCCUUCAUAACCCUCACCCUGUCUAGGAAAUCCAGGGUGGUGGUGAUAGGUGUACGUGUGUGACAAAGUGUGUGUGUGUGUGUGUGUGUGUGUGUGUGUGUGUGUGUGUGUGGUUCAUCCUGCCCAGCUUUCCUUUCCUUGAAUUUUAUUUUCUGGGAAAGAAAGAGUCAAGGGUAGGAUAGGCCUUCAGGGAGUAAGGAAUUAUCAUAUUUUUUAAAUAUAAAUUGAGUUCUGCUAUUUAUGUGCUCCUUUUGGAGUCAGACAGAUGUGGGUUGCACCCUGAUUCCGCAUCUCUGAACAUUAGUUUCCUCAUUUGACAAUAAUAAUACCUCCUUUGUAAAUUUGUUAUAAGAAUUAAAUACUGUAAAUAAAGAACUAGCAUAAUGCCUAGCACUCAAUAAGUGCUCAACAAAUGUCAA